GAUAAUCCUAAUUUAGAAAUUGAAAUGAACGAUGUUUUAGUAGGUUUAACCUCGCUGGUAUCGGUUCGCAUUAAAGACCCCGAAUUUGCUGGCCAAACCAAAGACCGAUUGGCUAAUCGGGAAGUCCGCGAAAAAACCAAAAAACUGACCCAAGAAUUAGUAAGCGGUUUUUUUCAAGAUAAUGCCGCUACGGCUAAAAUCAUUAAGGAGAAAAUUAUUGAUAAUGCCAAGUUGCGUCUACACUUGAAAGAGGAGCAAGAUAUUUUUCAAGGUGAAAAAAAAAAUCUUGAUCUAGUAAAAGUAUUAUCUGGCUCGGAAGAAAAUGAAGAAAUAUUUUUUGUAGAGGGUAAAUCGGCGGGUGGUAGUGCUGAGGAAGGCCGGGAUGUAAGAACUCAAACUGUCUUGGCUCUCCAAGGCAAACCACCCAACGCUUUGAAAUUG